GUCAGAGUAAGAACGAAAGACAAAAAAAAAAAAGAUGAGAGAAGGAUCUCAUGUUAUUGUUUUGCCUUUCCCAGCACAAGGCCACAUAACUCCAAUGUCCCAAUUCUGUAAACGCUUAGCCUCAAAAAGUCUUAAGAUCACUCUUGUCCUCGUCUCCGACAAGCCCUCUCCGCCGUACAAAACAGAGCACGACACAAUCACUGUCGUCCCCAUCUCCAAUGGUUUCCAAGAAGGCCAGGAACGAUCAGAAGACCUAGAUGAGUACAUGGAAAGAGUAGAAUCCAGCAUCAAAAACCGCUUACCGAAGUUGAUAGAAGACAUGAAACUAUCGGGAAAUCCUCCUAGGGCUCUUGUGUACGACUCCACCAUGCCGUGGCUUCUGGAUGUAGCUCAUAGUUAUGGUUUGAGCGGUGCCGUGUUUUUCACGCAGCCUUGGCUUGUCUCAGCUAUUUACUAUCAUGUAUUCAAGGGCUCGUUCUCUGUACCGUCUACAAAGUAUGGUCACUCGACGUUAGCAUCUUUCCCUUCGUUACCGAUUCUGAAUGCGAAUGAUUUGCCGUCUUUCCUCUGUGAAUCUUCCUCUUACCCAUAUAUUCUAAGGACUGUGAUCGAUCAGCUCUCAAACAUUGAUCGAGUUGAUAUAGUUUUGUGCAACACUUUCGAUAAAUUGGAAGAAAAGUUGCUGAAAUGGAUUAAAAGCGUGUGGCCUGUCCUGAACAUAGGACCAACUGUUCCAUCAAUGUAUUUAGAUAAGCGACUGGCUGAAGACAAAAACUACGGAUUCAGCCUCUUCGGUGCGAAAAUCGCUGAAUGCAUGGAGUGGCUCAACUCAAAGCAGCCUAGUUCAGUUGUUUAUGUAUCAUUUGGGAGCUUGGUGGUUCUAAAAAAAGAUCAACUGAUAGAACUAGCGGCGGGUCUGAAACAGAGCGGACAUUUCUUUUUGUGGGUUGUGAGAGAGACGGAGAGAAGAAAACUUCCAGAAAACUAUAUAGAGGAAAUUGGUGAGAAAGGACUGACCGUGAGCUGGAGUCCACAACUUGAAGUUCUUACACAUAAAUCGAUCGGUUGUUUCGUGACACAUUGUGGAUGGAACUCGACGUUAGAGGGAUUGAGUUUGGGAGUUCCAAUGAUUGGUAUGCCUCAUUGGGCAGAUCAGCCUACAAAUGCUAAGUUCAUGGAGGAUGUGUGGAAAGUUGGAGUUAGGGUUAAAGCAGACAGUGAUGGGUUCGUGAGAAGAGAAGAGUUUGUGAGACGUGUGGAAGAAGUUAUGGAGGCAGAGCAAGGUAAAGAGAUUAGAAAGAAUGCUGAGAAAUGGAAAGUGUUGGCUCAAGAGGCUGUUUCUGAAGGAGGUAGUUCUGAUAAGAACAUCAAUGAGUUUGUUUCUAUGUUUUGUUGAAUGAUUGAAAUUGUGUUGUUUAAUAUGGGCCUAAGUGAUAUUCUUAAUGGGCUUUUAAGUGGUUUUAGCUCAAAAGCGAAUCGUUUUGUUCGUUAAA